AGUCAUAUAUGAAACGUGAUGUGGGUGUUACCUUGACAUGUAAAAACCACAGUGUUUUUUUUAAUAGAGUAGUCAAAAACUGUAUUUUUAACUUUUUUUGUCUUGUAGAAUUCAAGUAAAAUUCUACAAGAAUUAUAAACAAACUAAAGACAAAUCACGUAAUGAAUGCUUAUAUAGACAGAUACAGAAUUCUACCUGACAACAGCAAUGAACUUAAUUCUGAUUGGUUACUUUCAAAGCCGUGUCACGCCUCCUUUGAUGGCCGGUGUGAUCUCCCACGGUGACGACACGGGUCGAGACAAAUCGCAUCACGUGAUCUGAGGUCACAUGCGCAGUAACCGGCGCAGUGCUGACCCCUCGCGGACGCAGCCCCUCGUCGCCUGAGCUCGUUACCAUAGCGACGGCUGUUGCCAAGCGUCGAGACGCCGCCAGGAGCAGGUGACCGCCGUUGUGUUGGACAUGGCCCCCCAACGUUUCUGCGACGUCCAAUAGAGAAAAGUAAACACAGGCCAAACAACCGACAUCCGUCGAGGAUCGAUGGCGGGAGAAGGCGCCUCGGAGAGACUGGACCUCGGAGUUCUGAGCGAAGAGCAGCAGGAGAAACUGCGACGGUUCAAGAUCAAGACGAGGAUCGACAACGAGAAGUAUCUGAGGUCGCAUCCCGAGGUGGAGGUGUUGAUCGGAGACUUCCUCAGAAAUAUGCUUCUCAAAAGGCCCACUGACAUCAGGGAGUUUGCUGCAGAACACUUCAACGACCCGAGCCUCCAUUCGACCAUUGACUCCGAAAAGGAGGAGAACAGUGUCAUUGAGUAAAAGUCACCCAACAGUCUUGGCGCUGCAAGCUUCUCCUCUGUGUCCUUCUCUGAAAGGAGCAGCACAUGUAUGGACCCCCGUGACUACUAUGGGUCUGAUAGGUUUUAUGUCUGUCUAAAACAGUUAUUAUACAACACUGCUAUCGUGCAUAUGCCGCUUGGGAGCUAGGGAUGGUUCUAAUGGCCGUUUCUAAUGAGUGUGAUUAAAAGAUAAUGAGGAGACGACAUCCUAUGGGUAUUACACACUGUGUGUUACAUCACCCACAUGAUCAUGUAGGGACAUGUUGACCUGUGUAUGUCGCGUUUGUUGACCUGAGUUAUCUGCGUUCAUCUGAAAUGAGCCAUGUCCACUCAGCUACUAUAUAUCGAUUACACAGCUAUAGUGAAGGUCUGCAUACGUUGACACUAUUCCACCCUUUACAGUCACGUCACUUUACGUUAAAUGGUAAAACAGUUUUUCAUAGUUAAUUUCUUUUUUGAUCAAACGUCCAGUGUGCUACUAAAUUCUUUGAGGUGGCAUUUUUUCUGCCUUUUUUUAUAAAGAUAGGUUUGUUUUUUGUUCCAUCAAAAUAUGGGAUAAGUUUCAGGGUCCUACAUUAGAAGAAGUUGAAUUUCACUAAUGAGACCAUCAGUUCUACUUUGCGUAAAUGUAUAUUGGCUUUGUGUUUCUGUAGAGAAGGGAUCCCCUCAGGUUCUUUUUCAAAAGUACCAUCUGUCUGCCAUUACAAUAAGUGCAUUGUAUAACCUUCUUCUGCAAUGGCCUUGACAUUCGAGGCCAUGUGGUCAUUACCACUUUGUGUUCAGUAGCUGCUGUAGAUAAAGCUUUAAUCUCCCUUUGUUUGUUUUGGUUACGUCAUUCUGUUUAGACAAUGCAUCUGAAAUUACAUAUUAGCAUUACAUCUUUUUUUACAGCCUCAAAAUUGAAUAAACCAUCAUCCAAUAUUCGUA